AUGUCACUCCAAACCCCCCUCUGCACUCUUCUCAAUAUCCAACACCCAGUCCUCCUAGCAGGAAUGGCCCGCGCCUCAGGUGCACCCCUAGCAGCAGCAGUCUCCAACGCGGGCGGUUUAGGAACAGUGGGCGGACUAGGCUACACCCCAGACCAGCUUAGCGAAAUGCUAACAGAGCUGAAAUCCCUGCUGCGAGACCCAUCCCUACCCUUCGGCGUAGAUCUUGCUCUACCACAAGUUGGCGGGUCAGCGCGCGCCACAAACCACGACUACACGCACGGCCAGCUGGACGAGUUAGUCGAGGUUGCCAUCUCGCACGGGGCGAAACUAUUCGUCUCGGCUGUUGGUGUCCCGCCUGAGAAGACGAUUAAGCGGCUGCAUGAUGCAGGCAUUUUGAUUAUGAAUAUGGUGGGCGCGCCGAAGCAUGCAGAGAAGGCGCUUAAGUUGGGUGUUGAUAUUGUUUGUGCGCAGGGUGGGGAGGGGCCGGCGUUGGUUGUUGCUGCCGGAGGUGUCAAUGAUGGGCGCAGUUUGGCGGCGUCGUUGAUGUUGGGGGCUGCUGGUGUUUGGGUUGGGACGCGGUUUGUUGCGUCUGAGGAGAGUGGUGCUAGUCAGUUGCACAAGGAGGCUGUUGUUGGGGCUAGGUAUGGUGAGACGAAGAGGACUUUGGUUGUUAGUGGGCGGCCUUUGCGCAUGCUGCCUAAUGAUUAUAUUAAGGAGUGGGAGGGAAGGCCUGGGGAUAUUGCUAAGUUGACUGCUAAGGGGGUUGUGCCUAUGAUGGAUGAUUUGGAGAAUGAGAAGGAUAUUGAUAUGCCGUUCCUCAUGGGUGAUGUGUCGGCCAGUGUGACGGCGAUCAAGCCAGCUGGGGUUAUUGUCAAGGAGAUGGUGGAGCAGGCAGUUGAUAUGCUGAAGAUUGGUGGCUCGUUCAUUACUACAGGUCCUGCGAGCAAGCUGUAA